AUGUCUGGCUCUGGGACACUGCUCCUGACAGAAAAUCCCAGAGUGAGAAACUCGAAUGACGAGGCUAAGAAAUUAUCCCUCGCACGACAGUAUAUUAAUUACACGUUCUUACAACGAACCCAGAAUUUUCUGCCACGAAAGGUAGAACAAGGGAACGUGUUUGGCUUGCAUGUCGGGACAUAUGACAGCAGCAUCAGUUCGAAGGCUUCUACUAUCGGUUCCUACCAUUCGGACAAAAACGACAGCAUCCCGAAGGCUUCUGGUUCCACUGCUCCACUGCAUCGGCUCGCCACUCCUUGGGCAAUAUCAAAAAAAAAUUAUCUGGAUGACUGCUUCGUCGUAGGCACUUCAAGGAUGCUGUCGCAAACACCGUCUAAGUCUGUACGAGUUACAUGCACUCCGACAGACGUAGAAGGUGUUCCUUGGAAUCUAAUGUCCGCGUCUAACGAUGCUGCCAGAGCGCCGAUGUUGGUUAUCCCAGUGACGUCUCGGGAAGAAACCUCCAAGACAGGCGCAACGAUAGCUGAGACAAGGGUACGCACGCUCGUCAUCAAAACAAGCGAACUUGAAUGUGCUUGGGAUUUUAGAGAAUUGAUUGUGGUGGCGGCCAUGGUAAUCACCCCAAGAGGGUCGCCACGUUCAUUUGAGUAUUUGGAACCAAUGGGAAUGAAUAGUCCGAAUGACAUGUCACCAAUCUGGAGGAGCAAAAGCCAAAGAUUUAAGAAAAUGCUUAUGGAAUCACCGUUGGAGGUAUGGACAUGGAUUGUGACUGAGUCUGCGCUUUGGAGCGUCUUGGCUGUCCUGAGCUAGAUCCAUUCGGUAGGAAGGUAACAAACGCAGCGAAGUAGUAAUCAGAUCGCAAUAGUAAUCAGACAAUCAUCGGGUGACUCUCGACCCGGCGGCCUGUCAUGGUCACGGUGCAAGGUACAAAAUAAACAAAUUUUGACCGGCGUGUGCCAAUCGAAAGAACCAAAGAACUGGAAAGUAACAAGGUAACAGCGUCACCGGGGACUUUGGACGGCUUGACCUGUCUUGAUAUAAAAACUGGACAGUGCUUUUACUAGCAGACCACUG